AUGCUAUGCGACGACUGUCGAGAAUUGAUUCGGCAAGCUGAUCGAGCUUUUACUUCUAGCGAGGACUCUUCUCAUUCGGCGGUCAAGCGAGAAGUCACGACCACUGAAUUCCAGACUGCUCUUCAUGGUAAAUGCUACCUUUGCACAAGGCUGCUGAUCCAGCUGGGAGAUGCCAAGUGGUGGCAUAUCCUGUCGGAUUUGCCAGAUAGAAAUCUAGUUGCCUUCGACAAAUCUGCGAGUUGCCAUCCCCCUUCUCUGAUCCUGGGACCUUUAUCAAGUCCAAAACCACCACCUCCAAUCUUCGAAGAAGUCAAAAGUGCGACUACCACGUCGGACCCUCGAGUUCUUGAUCUCAUUGUCUAUUGGCUUGAGAGCUGCACGUCACCGCUCGCGCAUCCACUAUGCAACCGGCAAAUACAGCAGCCGUUGUCCUAUCCUAGCCGUCUGAUCGACGUGGCGCCAGAGAAUACACCGGCGGGGUAUUGGCGAUUGGUGGAAGUGGCGAUGGGACAUAUAACAGGUCCAUACAUGACUUUGAGUCAUAGAUGGGGCUCUGGAACCGUGAAAUUGGAACACAGGACCCAAGCUGACAUGCUUCGAGGCAUGCCUCUGUCGGUUUUACCAGGGACGUAUCAGGAUGCCAUUCGAGUGGCACGGCAUUUGGCAGUCCGGUAUCUGUGGAUUGACUCUAUGUGCAUUUUCCAAGAUGAGCGUCUCGAUAUCCAGAAAGAGGCAUCUCGCAUGGCAGAAGUCUUUGGGAAUGCCUUGGGUAAUAUCUCAGCUCUGUCCGGGAAACAUGACGGUCUUUUCUGCACUCGGUCCCCCGAAUUGGUCAAUAGUGACAGCGUUCUCUUGAACCAGGAUGGCCUCCGCCUCAACCGAUCCUACCUCAUGAACGACCUGCAACUAUGGCGGGGGGAGCUCCUUCACAUGCCACUCACCACGCGCGGCUGGGUUCUGCAGGAGGAAGUCCUCGCCCCUCGUACAAUCUAUUUUGGCGCCCGUCAGGUUCUAUGGGAUUGCGCAGAGUUUCGCGCGUGCGAGACGUAUCCUUUCCUGCAAAGAAAAAUGCCUCUCCAACAACCGGCCCAUUUCAACCAGAAGCACCAGUUUCUACACGAUGAGGAGAUUGCCCCCAUCACGUCGGUGCUACAGGUCGCCCGAGCGUCUUUGCACGACCGUGACCAUGACCAUGCCUCCGAAUUGUUCCUGCCUGGACAGCAGCAGAUGUUGUUCGACGUGUGGACACGCUUUGUGGCGCAUUAUUCGCUGCGUGUCUUGACUUUCCCCGUCGAUAAACUCCUCGCUAUCGCAGGGGUCUCGAAGCUGUUUGGCAUGGUCAUGCGAGACCGGUCUGUUGCGGGUCUCUGGCGCCUGCAUCUCAUGGAAGGUCUCCUCUGGUACAUCCGCAUGAAUACCAGCACCUCUCCCCCGGCCGCAUAUCGUGCUCCUUCGUGGUCAUGGGCAGCGAGCGAUGGCUACGUUAUCCACGCCGAACCCUUCAACACCUCCUGGACAGUCGCGAGGGCCCUGAAUAUAGAAUGCCAAACCGUUGGCGGAGACGAGUUUGGCAUGGUUGCCUCAGCGAAACUCGAGAUCCAGGCACCAUGUCUGCAUAUGUCUGUCGACGAGCAAGGCGAAUGGACCGCUUCCUACCUUAAAUAUAAAGUUCCCCGUCUCAUUGUACGGCUUGAUACGACAGAGGGUUUCAGCUCCACCGGAGAAUUUCUCGGUGUCAUCAUCCGAACUACCGCAUAUAGGCUGACUGACAACCAAGCGGGCCCGGGAAUGAGAAUAAGGACGGCGGCGUCAACAAAUAAGAUCCUGCUCGCAGCGCAAGGGAUAAUUAUUACGCCUGCAGGGCAUCGCCAGCACCUUGGUAUAGUAGGAGCUGAGUAUAGACGGAUCGGAUACUUCGCGCUCGAGGACCGGAAAAGUGGCAGCCUCACGCCCAAGUGGGUGCCGGAAGACUGUAGGAUCUUCCCCGAACCUCAACCCCAACCUUCUCGAUCAGAAGACGGGCAAGGACAGGGGAACUUGAAGGAGUUUGAGUUUGAUAAGCCAUAUGAGCAUUUGAGGGUGUUGGAGAUUAUUUAA